AACCUUAUCCAAUGACAACUCCCCGCAGAGUCACACACACUAUGACACAAACCCAAACCAAUGAAUGAUAGAGAGAAAGAAAGAAAGCUACAAAAUGGGGCGGCAAAGGUAAGCUAAAAUAUUAGCUUCAUUCAUCAGUUCGUUCAUGUACCAAUAUUACCAAAGCCCCACCACCACAAGAAAAAAAAAGCAUUGAAAACUUGUGCAACAAUGUCACUCCCCUAACAUCCACUCCCAUAAAUACCCAAACCAUUCACACCCUCUUCAUCCCCACACACUCAAACACCACCACCACCACCACCAAAGCAAAAAAACAAUCAACUUCCUCUCUCUGUCUCUGUCUCUCUUCAACUCCAUUUCCCUUUUUCUGAUCAUCAUCAUCAUCAAAUGGCGAAAGACGUGGAAGGGCAAGUCGGGGAGUACCAGCCCAAGGACUACCAAGACCCACCGCCGGCCCCGCUCAUCGACGCCGACGAGCUCACCCAGUGGUCCCUCUACCGCGCCGUCAUCGCCGAGUUCAUCGCCACCCUCCUCUUCCUCUACAUCACCGUCCUCACCGUCAUCGGAUACAAGAGCCAGGUCGACCCCAACAAGCCCGCCGUCGACCCCUGCGGCGGCGUCGGCAUCCUCGGCAUCGCCUGGGCAUUCGGCGGCAUGAUCUUCGUCCUCGUCUACUGCACCGCCGGCAUCUCCGGCGGCCAUAUCAACCCCGCCGUCACCUUCGGCCUCUUCCUCGCCAGGAAGGUCUCUCUCGUCCGGGCCGUGCUCUACAUGGCUGCCCAGUGCCUUGGCGCAAUUUGCGGGUGUGGGCUCGUCAAGGCGUUUCAGAAGAGCUACUACACCAGGUACGGCGGCGGAGCGAACGAGCUCGCCGAUGGGUACAACAAGGGGACUGGGCUCGGUGCGGAAAUCAUCGGCACUUUCGUUCUUGUGUACACUGUCUUCUCCGCCACUGACCCCAAGAGAAACGCCAGAGACUCCCAUGUCCCCGUCCUGGCGCCACUCCCAAUUGGGUUCGCCGUGUUCAUGGUUCACCUGGCUACAAUUCCGGUGACUGGAACCGGGAUCAACCCGGCUCGGAGCUUCGGAGCGGCGGUGAUCUACAACCAGGACAAGGCUUGGGAUGACCAUUGGAUGUUCUGGGUUGGACCGUUCAUUGGAGCUGCAAUUGCUGCAUUCUACCAUCAAUACAUACUGAGAGCUGGAGCUAUCAAGGCUCUUGGGUCCUUCAGGAGCUCUUCCAACAUCUAAGCUUCUCCAUCCCAUCAAUCAGGCGGGGAAAAAUGGGGUUCCAGGUGUAGCUGGAGAGUAAUCUCUCAAUGGAAAAUGUACAUUGGUUGUUGUUGUUGUUGUAUCAGUCAAGUAUGGUCGUCGAGACAUCAAUUUGGGUUUAGCUUCUUCCUCCGAGUGCUUUUUUUUUCUUUCUUUCUGGGCCAUCUUGUUUUAAUUUGUGUGGCCAAAAUGAAUUUGUGAUUUCCUGCAGCAAUGCUUGUUUGCUCUUCCUUCGACCUUCUCUUCCAAUGAUAAUAAUAAAAAUAACGUUUUGCUGUCGUGCUGGUGUGUAUUACUAUUUUAGUAUAUAUAUAAACAAUAACUCUUGUCAUAUUACAAAAAUCAAAGGAUACUAUUGUCUGGACGUUGGAGAUUCAAGUCUAAAACAAAACUGAGGCCUGGAUGAAUAUGCUGAUGGCACAGGAAAUGAUCUCUAAAUAUAGGCACAAGAAUAUUAGCUCUCGAUGUGCGGUCAAAGUUGACCUUAUAAAAGCUUUUGACUCGGUGCAUUGGGAGCUUUUAUUCCACGUCAUGGAAACUAUGCAGUUUCCUCAGCUCUUCAUCAAUUGGAUCAAAACCUGUCUGUCAUAUGCAUUCUUCAGUGUUAGUAUAAAUUGGGUUUGUGUGGCUUCUUUUCAGCUUGUAAAGGGGUGAGGCAGGGUGAUUCGCUGUCACCGUACCUCUUCACUUUAGUCAUUGAAGUCCUCUCUCUCAUCCUGAAUAAGGUUGCUCUUCUUAAUCAGUUACCAUUUCAUUCGCAUUGCAAAACUAAGGGUUAACCCACCUAUUUAUAGGGAUCAGAGAUUUCUUCUCCUUACGAUUUUGAUUUCAGUUCCCUUUUUUCUUGGUUUCGCGAGAAGAUGGGGAUCAGUUUCGGGAGGGAGGGAUUUUGAGUGGAUUUUUCUUUGUGUUAGAGAGAAAGAAUAAUAGCUAUCUAUUCUUGUUUAAUGCAAGCUAUCGUUCCGAAGAAAGAAAAAAAAGAAUAAUAAUUUCUUUUGUAUUUUGUUUUAGCCCCCUACCUAUAUGUAUCUCACUACUCAACUCCCCUGUAAAUUGUCCUUCAAACUCUGCACAAACUCACCUAUACUUCAGUACAAAGAAUAGAUGAAUACAAUGAUGCAGAUCACGUUUCUUAGCUACGCCUACAAUUACAUUUUCUCCACUAGAUUUCAAUUAUGCUCACACUUUGAUGGGUUGGUAUGAGUUGGUAAUGGUAUGGGCGUGGAGGAAGAGAAUUGAAAACUGUGCAGGCCAGCGGCGGAUCUAGGACAUAGUAGAGUACUGGACCGCAUUUCAUUAUAAAAUUAGAUAUCGCAAAAAAUUAUAAUUUUUUUACAAUAUCAAUCAUACACGUCGAUCUUUUAAUAUAGUGAAAUGAUCAAUAAAGGAGUCUACAUCUAUACUAAUCGCAUACUACUCUUUUUCAAAUAAAAUAGUUAACCAAUCAGUGAGAAAUUCAUCGCUCAUUUUGUUGUGCAAAUCAUUUUUCACAUGGUCCAUUGUUGAAAAUGUUCUCUCCAUAGUAGCUGUUGAAACGUACAAUGUCAACACUAGACAAAUCAAUUGACUAAUCAAUUUGUAUCGUGUAUCCAUCCCUAUUUACACCACCUGCUCUAGUGAUUUUUUCAAGUGAACAAAUCUCAUAUUUCUUU